AUGCGUGCGGUUGGUUUCCGUGAGUGCGCCGGGUUUGAGCUGCCACAUGGGAUCAAGGACGAGGGUGUUGCGAAGCAGAUGGUCGCCGAUCUGCAUGACUAUCGCAUGGCGCGUGGUCCAUACACGAGUGGGAAGGCCGACGCGCUCGCGUAUUGGCGCGAACUUCCUAUUGAUGCGAACCUGCACCCCAUCAAGACCCUGGCCAUCUUACUGUUCUCGGUGGUCCCGCACUCCGCCGAGGUCGAGCGUCUCUUCUCGAUGUUGGGUGGGGUGCAGAGUGCUAAACGCUGCAACCUCUCUGUCGAAACAUUCGAGGCCCUUGGCAAGUGCCGCGCGCACUACUCGCGCAAGCAAUGGGAUCGUGAUCGCACGGCUGGGAAGUCGGUCCACCGUAAACACGCACAUGCUCACACGCGCGAGACACCCGGUGCUGAUGCUGAGCUCAUCAAGAAGCUCGACGAGUGGACCGUCGAAGUCCCCUUUGCAAUCUCGGUGGAUGACGGUGUGGGCCCCGAAGACGAGGCUGCUGCUUUGUCGGGGCUCGAUAAGGAUUUCCGGGAGCUUGCCGAGCGUGGCAAGGAGGAGUUGAAGGACGUCGAAGUGGGCGAAAUGGAUAUCUUGUCGGGCAAGAUGUUUCAACUCGCCCUGCUAGACGAGGUUGAUCGCGGCGAGGUGGUGAAUCAUUUCAAUACAGCUGCUCAACUCGCUUCCUCUGAUGACGAGGGUGACUGGGACAUUGAUACUAUCAUGACUCUAUAG